AUGCCAAUGUGUUUUGAGUACACAUUCGGACAAAAAGUGACCGUGAUAAUAGACUGCUUUGAAGUUUUUAUUGAAAAGCCAUCGAAUCUACUGACUCUAGCUCAAACAUUCAGCUCAUACAAGCACCACAAUACCAUCAAGGCACUCAUAGGUAUAACACCCCAAGGAACAAUAUCAUUUGUUUCUCAAGCUUGGGGUGGGCGAACAUCAGAUAAGUUCAUUCCAGAGAACUGUGGUAUUUUAACCAAGCUAGUUCCUGGAGACACAGUAAUAGCAGAUAGAGGUUUCACGAUAUCUGAAAGCGCGGGAUUAAAAAAUGGGAAGCUUGUCAUUCCUGCUUUUACAAAAGGAAAGGCCCAACUAGAUCCAGUUGAUGUAGAAAGAUCAAGAGGAAUAGCUAGUGUUAGGAUUCACGUUGAGAGAGUGAUAGGGUUGCUGCGACGAAAGUAUACCAUAUUGGAAGGUACGCUACCUCCAAAUUUUUAA